CCAAGACCAGCCCAUCGGAUGCGUAGUAAUGCGACAUCCGAUCAGCCUGUCUACCCCGUGGCCAAGGUAGGUAAAGAUUAAGUCAAAAUUGCGAUACGCGAACAUGUGGUCACCCAGACAGUUAUGUUUCUUGCAUACCCACACAUAUCACGUAUGCGGAAGUAAUUCCAUUAGAUCGACGGUGUAUCGUAAGGCUAUGAAAACAGCAUGAUAAUCGCGGCUCUGACUGUACAUCGAAAAACAAUCUGCUGCAAUAGCUACUGUUGAGCUUGAAUGUGCACCCAUUGACUUGAAUCAUCACAACGGGUCAACGGCUUCAUCGCUUCGGAGACCCAAUCGCCUAUUCAUUAAAUACCCCGAUCAAAAUCUUUCUUUAGGCCAAGUGACAUGAUGGAUCUUUCCCAGAAUGCGCUUCAUAUGUGGUGGUGGUGCUUGGCGGCCAUUGCCUUCGCUCUACUGAUUUGGACUGUCAGACUUCGAGCAGGGCCAAAAGGCGAUAGUCUGGAGAUAACGCAGCUAUAUGUCUAUCCUGUGAAAGGUCUGAGAGGAAUGUCAUUGAAAACGGCGCAUGUGGGCCGCUACGGGUUUCAAGGCGAUCGAAUCUUUUCGUUGCAAAGAAUUCACCGCAGUCAGGAAGAUGAUACCAUAACUAGGUAUGAAACACUGCUGAUAGGAUACUAUUUGCAGCUCUCUCUCUUCCUCGUUUCCCUGGACAACAAAAGAGCAUGCGAUAAGUCCCAAGCAGCGGAUGUCGUAGUGCAAUGGAAAGGUCGAUGUACCGACUUCGACAAGAAGAAAGGUGCCAUCUCAGAGGACACGACACGUUUCCCAUUGUAUCCAGCUACAUCAGGAUGUAUAUCCUUCGAGAUUGAUCUUCAUGGAAGUGCAGCGACCGCGUUUGACAUGGGCGAUGAACUGGCAGAAUGGUUUACCGAGAGACUGGGUUUCGAAACAAGGCUUGCAUACAUUGGCGAUGGUUCCCGACCAGUACUAGGUACUCUGGCCCCGAACAGCAGAGGAGGGCUCAGGAAAGCCAGGUUACUCAACCGAAUCCGUGGAGCAGUUCCAUUUCUAGGUCACUCUCCCGAGCGACUGGUUUUCAACGACCUUGCCCAUUAUCUUGUGGUUACAGAAGAAUCCAACCAAGACGUCUCCUCCAGGUUCACAGGAGAUCUUGAAAUGGAUAUUACAAAAUUUCGUCCUAAUAUGGUUGUCAAGGGUUCUUCGGGUCCGUAUGUGGAGGAUUUCUGGGGCGAGUUGACGUUUGCCAAUGGGGUGCAAAUGCCCUUGACAACUAAUUGCUACCGAUGUCAAAGUAUCACUGUGGAUUUCAACACGGGAAAAACCGCUUCCGAUGAUCGUGGGCUCGUUUGGAAGAAGAUCAACAAAGAUCGUCGUGUUGAUGCUGGCGCGAAGUACAGUCCUGUAUUUGGUCGCUAUGGCUGGUGUUUUGGAUCCGCGAUGGGGAAGACUUUCGAAGUUGGACAGAAUGCAUUCGUAUCUCAAGUCAACACUAAACGCACAAAAUUUGAUUGGCCCCAUUUGACGAGCUUCGGAGUUAAUCAGAAAACGUGAAUUUAUGUGACAUUCUUUUAGUUAUUCUACAUAACUAGGUUUAUCUAGAAUGCUAUCAUAAACUACGAUGUCUUCAGAAAUUUCAGGAUUAUGCGAACAUUUA